AUGGAAGGAAGGGUGAAAAACAAAGCGCCCGCCGCGUUGCAGAUUUCUGCAGAGCAGAUUUUGCUGGAGGCAUAUGAGCGAAAGGAGACGCCUCUUCAGCAGACAGAGCAGAUUGCCGAUCUGGAAGAGCUGGCAGAGUACCAAGGCCGCAAACGACAGGAGUAUGAGGGAGCCUUGCGACGAAAUCGACUGAACACCGGCCAGUGGAUGCGGUACGCGCAGUGGGAGCUGGAGCAACGGGAGUUUGCACGUGCCAGAUCUGUAUUUGAACGAGCUCUCGAGGUCAACUCAACGCAUGUGCCCACCUGGAUCCGAUACAUUCAGUGCGAGCUCAAGGAGAAGAACAUCAACCACGCACGAAACCUGCUGGACAGAGCCGUCACACUCCUGCCGCGUGUCGACAAGCUGUGGUUCACAUACGUGGCUACAGAGGAGACGCUGGGCAACAUUGCCGGCUGCAGAGCCGUGUUUGAGAGAUGGAUGCAUUGGAGGCCGCCGGUGACCGCCUGGGCAGCUUACGUGAACAUGGAGAAGCGAUAUCGUGAGUUUGACCGUGCGCGGGGCAUUCUGAGACGAUAUGUCACUGUUCAUCCAGGUGCACCAGCAUGGAACAAAUGGGCCAAGUUUGAGAUGGAGGCAGGAAACAGAGACACCGUCAGGGAGGUGUAUGCUCUGGGAAUCGACACAUUGGUGGAAAUGGCGCAUGGAGGCGUGGACUUUCUGGAUGAGAGUCUGCUGGCUGGAUGGGCGAGUUUUGAGACUCGUCAUAGGGAGUACGAAAGAGCAAGAGCUCUGUACACUUAUGGACUCGAGAAGCUGCCCAAAAGCAAGUCUGCAAAGCUGUAUGCUGACUACACGGCCUUUGAGAAACAGUAUGGAGCCAAGGAGGGUAUUGAGAAUGUGGUUCUCACUAAAAGACGAUCCAAGUACGAGGAUCAGUUGAAGGAGGACCCUGCAGACUACGAUACGUGGUUCUCUUACAUCACUCUGGGUCAGGAAAGUGGUCUUGAGGCCGAUCAGAUUCGUGAGAUCUUUGAACGUGCUGUUUCUAACGUUCCCCCACAUUCCAAGCGUCUUUGGAGACGGUACAUCUUUCUGUGGAUCAAGUAUGCCAUCUGGGAGGAGCUUGAGAACAAGGAGGUUGAAAAGGCCCGUGAAAUCUACAAAACAUGCAUAUCUAUCAUCCCACACAAAAAGUUCACAUUCGCCAAAGUGUGGUUACUAUGGGCCAAGUUUGAGAUUCGACAUGGCAAUCUGCCAGAGGCUCGUAAGAUCCUAGGCCGAGGACUGGGCAUGUCGGGGGGCAAACCUGCGCUGUACAAGGGAUACAUUGCUCUGGAGGCCAAACUGCGUGAGUUUGACCGGUGUCGAAAGCUCUACGACAAGUAUGUGGAGAAAUUUGCCGAGUUUGCUGCUCCGUGGAUGGAGUAUGCGGAGCUGGAGCAGAUGCUUGGUGACGAGGAGCGAGCUCGUGCUAUUUUUGAGCUAGCUGUGUCGCAGCCCGAGAUGGAGAUGCCUGAACUUGUGUGGAAACGGUUUAUUGAGUUCGAGGCUGAAGAGGAGAACUACGACCGAGCACGAGCCAUCUACCGACAGCUUCUUGAUCGAACCCACGGUCACAUCAAGGUGUGGAUCUCGUUUGCCCAGUUUGAGGUCACUGUUCCUGCUGAAGACCAGGAGCUGCAAUACAACGACGAGGGAGAGGCCGAGAUUGAGGUCACUGAAGAAGCAAAGGCACGCGCACGAAGUAUCUUUGGCGAGGCCUGGGACGCUCUCAAGGCCGCCAACAAGCGAGAGGAGCGAGUGGUUCUGUUUGAAUCAUGGCGUGAGUUUGAAGAGGAGCAUGGAGAUGACAAGUCUAAGGCGGAUUUGGACAAGCGAAAGCCCACUCCUGUCAAGAAGAAGCGAAAGCUGGAGGAUGGCACCUUCGAGGAGUACAUCGACUACGUCUUCCCCACCGACGAGGAGGACAAGUCGUUCUCCAAGCUCCUGGAGAAUGCUCGAAAAUGGAAGCUUCAGAAUCAGUCUUGA